AUGAUUGCCGAUAAUCCUACUUUUCGUACCAGAUCGCUCACAACCAACCGACUGAAUUCUCCUAUGGCCACCAUUCUGUCUCAUUGUACGCAGUGGAUUCGACGAGACAAACGAAAACGAAAAGUCAAUACACAGCACAAGACGAGCCAUGGGAACUUGGUCGUUCAAGAGCAUUCUUCGGUCAGCAACUGCGGGCAACGAGCCACACUGUAUCGCACAACCUCGGGAAAGCUCCGCCAACAAUGGUUACCGCUUUGGGUAAUGCUACACUUGAAGCAUUUGCUUUGCCGACUGGAAAACCACGGCACACCCAUCCCACCGACGCUACCUUGCCCAUCAUACAAUUACCCGCCAUCCAAGAAACGGCCUUGGAAUAAGGGAUGGAUGCCGAGAAAACCUUAUGCAACUACUGCCGUCAUGUAUAUUGUGGAUUGCGACAGUGCCAUUCACAUGGAGUACCUCCGACACGCCAAAGCAAGACAAACGGAGGAAGACCAGGACCACGAUGAUGAUGUUCCCCUGGGAGAUCUCUUCUCUAUCACUCAAUAUACAGCAAAUUCAUCUAAAUAA